AUGGGCUACACACCCAGCGCAUGGAAACUGGCCAGGGUAGUUUUCAUCCCAAAGGCGGGAAGAACGAGCUACACCAAGGCAAAGGAUUUCAGGCCAAUUAGCCUAACAUCGUUUCUCCUUAAGACAUUGGAGAAGCUGGUGGACGCGUAUCUGAGGGAGACAACCCUGUGGAGGCACCCUCUCCACAAAAAUCAGCACGCAUAUCGUUCGGGCUAUUCCACCGAGACUGCUCUACAUCAGACGGUAGCGUUUAUUAAGGAGCAGCUGGAAAGGAAGGGCUACGCAGUGGGUGCUUUCUUGGACAUAGAGGGUGCCUUUAACAACACACCGCAGGAGGUAGUGUGUGAGGAAGCCGCCAGAAGAGGUGUCCCGAUGAAGCUCGUCGAGUGGAUCCGGGGCAUGCUAGGAAGGCGUGUGAUGACUUUGCUGGGAACUGCGAAAGUCUGUGGGUGGGUGGAAAGAGGCUGCCCGCAGGGCGGAGUACUUUCCCCACUCUUAUGGUGCCUGGUAGCAGACGGAUUAUUAAAGGCACUGGACGAUAGAGGCUUCACUGUACAAGGCUACGCGGACGACGUGGCAAUACUUGUGCGAGGCCCUUUUCUAGAGACGCUUCUAGAGCUCAUGCAGGGAGCACUGGAAGUUGUAGAGGAGUUGUGUCAGAGAACGGGUUUAGCGGUGAAUCCACUGAAAACCGGUCUCACUGUCUUCACUCCCAAAUACAAGGUGGGCAUCAUUGUGGGAUCCACUCUUGGAGGAGUAAGGUUAGUUCCGACCAAAUCAGUGAAAUAUUUGGGAGUUAUCCUGGAUAAGAAGCUGCUUUGGAAGGAGCACCUUCGUAACCGGUGCAAAAGCUUGUGCCAGUAUUUUUGGAUGUGCAGAAGGACCUUUGGACAGACUUGGGGUUUGAAACCGAGUAUGAUACAUUGGAUCUACACAGCCAUACUUCGCCCCAGACUCACAUACGCAGCCGUAGUAUGGUGGACUAGGGUGCAAAAAAAAAACAGCCAAAUUUGCGCUGGAGCAUGUCAGGGCUCUGAUUUUGAGAGGGGUCCUGGGUGCUAUGGUUACGACACCAGUGGCGGCGAUGGGCGUAAUGUUCGGCAUCAAACCAUUUCAUCAGGUGGUGGUGGCUGCGGCAGCAGUGGCGACAUACCGUCUAAGAUGCGAACUAAAAUGGAAGAAGGGAGUCCGGCAUAUGAGGCUGCCGGAAGACGUUCUGUUGGAUCCGAUAUUCGAGAUGCGACAGGACAGAAUACCUAUUAUUCGGGCCUCUGA